AUGGCCGCUGCCGGCAUACAGCAGGCCGCGCAGCAGCAGGCUCCUCGCACGGCAAACAAUUCCAGUAUCGGCUUCGGCCGCCCGCAGCAGGAGCAACCGCCGAGCCGCACGGCCACAGCCGGCUCUGCGCCGGAGGCCCCCGCCACCAGCGCCGCGGCCCCGAAGCCGGCGGCCAGCAUCGGCAGCACCCACGUGAAGCUGAAGAAGGAGGCCGCCGCCAAGGUCAUAGCCAGCGCGCUAGACGGCAUCGAUGAGGUGACGGCCAAGAAGGCCAAGAAGGCGGCCGCGCAGCUGCUGGCGCAGCAGCGCCGCCUGGAGCUGCUGCGGUCGGAGGUGGAGGCCCUGCAGGCCAAGCAGGGCGAGCUGCAGCAGCAGAUGAGCUCCAAGGCGCAGGCAAGCCCCGGCCCGCGGCGCCCGCCUCUGCUGCGGGGAUGGAUGGCCUGUGAACGCAUUCGCGAGGCGCUGGAGGUGCGGCAGCAGCUGGCGGAGCAGGAGGCGGCGGCCGCGCAGCUGGCCGCCGCCAAGGAGUCUGCCGAGGCCGCUGUGGCUGACCUGCGGCGGGAGCUCAGCCAGGCGCAGGGGCUGGCCUCCAAGGCGCAGGAGGAGGCCGCCGCGGCGCUGCAGCAGGCGGAGGAGCUAGAGGCCCAGAAGCAACAGCUGAGAAAGGCCCUGGAGGCUGCUGAGUCAGCAGACCUGGAGCUGCAGGCCGCCCGUGUGGAGCGGGAGGAGCUCAAGGCCAAGCUUGUGGAGGCGGAGCGCGCCGCCGAGGAGGCGCGGCGCCGCGCCGAGGCCAAGGAGGGGCAGCAGGAGGCGGUACGCGUGGCUCAGGAGGCCGCCGCCGCGCGGCUGCAGGACGAGUUGCUCAAGGCCAGCCAGGAGCUGAGCAGCGUGGAGGGGCAGGUGGCGGCUGCGGAGAGCAAGCUGACGGCCGCGCAGACCAAGGCGGCUGCGGAGUAUGAGCACAUGGCAGAGCACCUGGAUGCGGUGCCAGUGGAGGACCCGCAGGGGCGCAUCGCCGAGCUGGAGGCGCAGCUGGCGGCGCAGCAGCUGGCCUCCAUGCAGCAGCUGCAGCAGCUGACCGGCGAGGCGCUGGUGCUGUCAGCGGAGCUGGAGGAGGCGCGGUCUGCCGCCGCAGAGGUCGCCCACUUUGAGGCACAGCUGGCGACGGCCGCCGCCGAGCGGGAGCGCCUGCAGCAGCGCGCCGCCAGCCUGGAGAAAGACCUGGAGAGGCUGCAGGCGUCGCAGCAGGCCGACAGCCAGGCGUCCGCGCUAGUGGCCGAGCUGGAGCAGGCAAAGGCUGCCGCCGAAAAGGAGAAGGCGCAGGUGGCGGAGCUGCUCACCCAGCUGGAGUUUGCUUGGGCGGCAGCCCACGAGGCCGCUGACCUGGCCCACCAGCUGACGGCCGCCGCCGAGGAGCGCGAGCGCCUCACGCUGCGUGCCAUGGAGCUGGAGUCCCAGCUGGAGGCGGUGCAGCAGCAGGCGCGGGCAGACCAGGCGAAGCUGGCGGACAAGGCGGCCUCGCUGGCAGCAGACCUGGUCAAAGCCAAGGCGGCGGCUGCCAGGGCUGCUGACAUGGAGGCUGCAUUGAAGGAGGCAGAGGCCCGCAUCGCCUCGCAGCAGCCGGUGCAGGCCCAGGCCGCGGCCCUGGCUGCCGAGCUGGAGGAGGCCCGGGCUGCCGUGCAGGAGGCCAGGGCUGCCGCCGCCAAGGCCGACGACUGGAAGGCGCAGCUGGCGGCGGCGGAGAAGGAGCGGGACGCCGCAGACCAGCGGGCCAUGGCUCUCCAGUCCCAGGUGGCGGCCGCCACGUCGGAGCGUGUGAAGCUGGAGGCGCGGCUGGCGGCGGCCCAGUCGGGCAAGGAGCAGCAGGAGCUGAAGGCGCAGCUGGAGGAGGCCCGGCAGGCCACCGCCGAGGCAUCUGAGCUGGCGGCAGCUGCCACCGCCCAGCUGGAGGAGGCGGCAGCGGAGCGCGCCAAGCUGGUGGCUCAGCUGGAGGCCGCCCUGGCGUCGCAGGCCGCCCUGGAGCAGCUGGAGCGGCAGCAGGAGAGCCUGAUGGGUGCCGAGGCCGAGGCUGCUGAGCUGGCGAUGCAGCUGGUGACUGCCACCGAGGAGCGUGAGGCAGCGCAGCUGCAGAUCCAGAAGCUGGAGGCGGAGCUGGAGGCCGCGCAGCUGCUGCUGGAGGACCAGAAGCAGCUGCUGGCGGGGCAGUCUGCCAUCCUGUCGGGAGACGUGCAGGAUGCGCGCGCGGCAGCCGCCAGGGCCGCCCACAUGGAGGCUGAGCUGGCAACUGCGGUGGAGGAGCGGCUGGGGCUGCAGCGCAAGGCAUCCGACUUGGAGGCCCAGAUCGAGUCGCUCAAGUUUACGUCGGCAAAAGAGAAGCAAAGCUUGGCGGUGCGGACUUCGGAGAUGGCAGAGCAGCUCAAGGCGGCCAAGGCUGCCGCUGCAGAGGCUGCUGCCCUGCAGGAGAAGCGGGUGAUGGAGGCCAAGGAGGAGCAGGAGCGGCUGCAGGCUCGCAUCGAUGAGGUGGAAGACCAGCUGCAGUCGCAGAUGCAGUCGCGGCUGGCGGAGCGGCGCCAGCUGGCGGACCAGGCCAGCGCCAUGGUGACGGAGCUGCAGGAGGCCAAGGCCUCUGCCCUCAAGGCCGCUGCGCUGGAGGAGCAGCUCGCCGCCGAGGUGGCCGACCGGCAGCUGGUGCAGCAGCGGGCCGCGGAGCUGGAGCAGGAGGUGCGGGCGGCGCAGGAGGCAGCGCAGGAGGCGGCCCAGGAGAUUGAGGUGCAGGCUGCCGCCAUGAGGGCUCAGAUUGAGGAGGCCUGCACCGCGGUGUCCCAGUCCAUUCAAUUGGAGGCUCGGCUGGUGGCUGCUGCCGAGGAGCGCACUAUGCUGGUCCAGCAAGUCGCCGAGACGGAGGCUCAGCUGGCGGCCCUGCGCUCAGCGGCGACCGAGAACCAGCAGCUCCAGGCAGAGCAUGCGGCCACCCUGGCUGCGCAGCUGGAGGAGGCUCGCAAUGAUGCCGCCAAGGCCGGUCGGCUGGAGGAGCAGCUGCGUGGCAUCAUUGGCGAGCGAGAUAGCCUGGCGGGGCGCGCCGCUGAGCUGGAAAGGGAGAUGGAGUCGGUUCGCUGGGCAGAGCAGCAGGCUCAGCAGGAGCGGCAGCAGCUGGCCGACGAGGCCACCCGCCUUGCAUCGGAGCUGGAGCUGGCUCGCACUGCUGCUGCUCAGCGGGCUACAGACCUGGAGGGGCAGCUGCACUUUGUGCGGCAGUCGGAGCAGGACGCGCAGCAGCAGCGGCAGCAGUAUGCAGACCAGGCUGCGCACCUGGCUGCCGAGCUGGAGCAGGCCCGUGCUGCUGCUGACCAGCGCUCCGCCGACCUGGAGGCGCAGCUAGCGUCUCUGCACCAGGCAGAGCAGCAGGUGCAGCAGGAGAAGCAGCACCUUGCAGACCAGGCCUCUGGCCUGGCUGCUGAGCUGGAGCAGGCUCGUGCUGCCGCUGACCAGCGUGCCGCUGAGCUGGAAAGGGAGAUUGAGUCUGUUCGCUGGUCGGAGCAGCAGGCGCAGCAGGAGCGGCAGCGGCUGGCCGACGAGGCCUCCCGCCUGGCUGCCGAGCUGCAGCAGGCCCUGUCUGUCGCUGCACAGGUCCCCCAUCUGGAGGGCCAGCUGGCCUCGGCUGCAGAGGAGCGCCGCAUUCUGGAGCAGCGCGCCGAGAGCCUGGAGUUGUCCCUGGGCUCCACUCGGUCGGCGGCAGAGCAGGAGCAGGCGCGGCUGGCUGGCGAGCUGGCGUCUCUGCUGUCCCAGCUUGAGGAGACGCGCGAGGCCGCUGCACGGCGCUCCGCUGAGCUGCAGCAGGAGGUCGAGGCUGCCCGGGAACAGGCUCAGGAGCAGCAGCAGCAGCUGGCCGGCCAGGCCUCGGCCCUCGCGGCGCAGCUGCAAGCCGCCCACAAGGGGGUGGCGGCGGCGCAGUCGCAGGCUGCCAGCGUGCGCACUCGCAGCUCGCUGCUGGAGAAGGCAUGGGCCUCUGCUGUGAAGGAGGCCAAGCAGCUGCAGAGUGCCCUGGAGGGCAAGAAGGAUCUGCAGUUCCAGCUGAACAGGGUGCAGGAGGAGGCCGCCGGGCUGACGUCGCAGCUGGAGGAGGCGUGGGCUGCCAUGGGCAGGACUGCCGCCUUGGAGCUUCAGAUUUCAGAGGCCAACGAAGAGCGCGAGAAGUGGCAGCAACGCGCCGCUGAGAUGGAGGCCAAGGCCGCCAAGGCUCAGUCCCAGCUGGCGGCGACCAGCGAGGAGCAGAAGCAGCGUGCGGCGGAGCUGGAGCGGGAGCUGGAGACCAUGCGUGCCGCGUGGCUGCAGGAGCAGCAGCAGCUGGAUGGCCGCGCCUCCUCGCUGGCUGCCGAGCUGGAGCAGGCCCGCGCCGCUGCCUCCCAGCGCGCCUCCGACCUGGAGAGGGAGCUGGAGGCUGCGCGGCAGGCGGCGGAGCAGCAUCGGCAGGAGCUGGAGGGACGCGUGUCUGAGCUGGAGUCCCACCUGGCAUCGAUGUGGCAAUCGGAGCAGCAGCUGCAGCAGGAGCGGCAGCAGUAUGCGGACCAGGCAUCCCAGCUGGCUGCUGAGCUGGAGCAGGCGCGUGGGUCCGGCGGCCAGCGCGCCUCCGAGCUGGAGAGGGAGCUGGAGGGUGUGCGGCAGUCGGAGCAGCAGGCGCAGCAGGAGCGGCAGCGGCUGGCCGACGAGGCCUCCCGCCUGGCUGCCGAGCUGGAGCAGCUUCGCGCCAGUGCGGCUCAGGGCGCCGACCUGCAGGCCCAGCUGGCGGCGCUGCGCCAGUCGGAGCGGCACGCUCAGCAGGAGCGCCAGCAGCAGGCCGACGAAGCCUCCCGGCUGGCCGCCGAGCUGCAGCAGGCUCAGGCUGCAGCUGCCCAGCGGGCCGCCGACCUGGAAUGGCAGCUGGACCAGGCGCGCUCCAGCGGUGCUCACCAGGCUGAUCUGGAGGAGCAGCUGGCCUCGCUGCGGCGCCUGGAGCAGCAUGCGCUGCAGGAGAAGCAGCAGAUGGCGGACCAGGCUGCCCGCCUGUCGUCAGAGCUCAACCUGGCGCGCUCCGAGGCCGCCCAUCGCACGGCAGAGCUCGAGGCGCAGCUGGCCUCCCUGCAGCACUCGGAGCAGCAGGCCCAGCACGAGCGGCAGCAGCUGGCAGACCAGGCGGCCCGCCUGGCUGCCGAGCUGGAGCAGGCUCGCUCAGAUGCCGGCCAGCGCAUGGCGGAUCUGGAGUCGCAGCUGCACUUGCUGCGCCAGUCGGAGCAGGCCGCGCAGCACGAGCGGCAGCAGGCCGCAGACUACGCGGGCCGCCUGUCUGCGGAGUUGGAGCAGGCCCGCGAUUCCGCUGGCCAGCAGAUUGCCGACCUGGAGGGCCAGCUGCACUCCCUGCGCCAGUCGGAGCUGGCCGCGCAGCACGAGCGGCAGCAGGCUGCAGACCAGGCCUCCCGCCUGGCUGCCGAGCUGGAGCAGGCGCGUGCGGCGCACGGCCAGCGGGCCGCCGAGAUGGAGUCCCAGCUGGCGGCGCUGCGCCAGGCGGAGCAGCAGGCGCAGCGUGAGAAGCAGCAGCUGGCAGCCGACCUGGCGCACUCGCGGACCGCCGCCGGCAAGGCCGAGAACAGAGAUGCGGAGCUGUCUGCGGUGGUGGCCGACCGCGUGGUCUUCCGCCAGCGGGCCGAGGCACUCGAGUCCCAGCUGGAGCAGCUGCGCUUCACCUCUAGGCAGGACCGGGAGCAGCAGGAGAUCCGCAUCUCGGCGCUGGCCGCGGAGCUGGAGCUGGCGCAGGCGGCGGUAGUCAAGGCGGAGCAUCUGGAGCAGCAGCUGGCGACGGCUGUCGAGACCAGCCGCCAGUGGCAGCAGCGCGCAUCUGAGCUGGAGGCACAGGUUCAGUCUGUGGAGUGGACGGCCCGGGAGGAGCACCAGCAGCUGGUCAACCAGUCCUCUGCCAUUGUGGCGCAGCUGGAGGAGGCGCGGCGCGUGGCCGCUCAGGUGCCCCACCUGGAGGCGCAGCUGGUGGUGGUCGCCGAGGAGAGGCGUCUGGCCGAGCAGCGGGCUCACGACCUCGAGUCCCGCGUCGAGUCUGCGCAGGCGGCGGCCGAGCGGGAGCUGAUGGGGCAGGCAGCCCAGCUGCAGGCGCAGCUGUCGGGCACCGCGCGGGAGUCGCACCGCCUGCACCAGCGCGCCGCCGAGCUGGAGCGAGAGCUGCUGGAGGCGCGCUCCUCCGCGCAGCAGGAGGCGGGCCGCCAGCUGGCAGACCUGACUGCGCAGCUGGAGGAGGCUCGCGCCGUGGCGGCGCAGCGCGCCGCCGAGCUGGAGCGCGAGGUGCAGGCGGCUCGGUGGGAGGCGCAGCAGGAGGCGUCGGGCCAGAUUGCCGACCUCACCUCUCAGCUGAAACAUGCCCAGACCGUGGCGGAGCAGGCCGCCGACGUGGAGCAGCAGCUGGCGGCGGCCACCAACGAACGGCAGCGCCUGCUGGAGCAGCGGGCGGCGGAGCUGGAGUCGGAGCUGGCGGCGGUACGGUCGGCCGCCCAGCAGGACAUUGCGGACGAGGUGGCCAACCUGGCGGCGCGCCUGGAGGAGGCGCGCUCCUCGGCCGCAGAGGCGGCCCACUUUGAGGCGCAGCUGCGUGUGGCCAUCAACGAGCGGGACCGGCUGGAGCUGCGCGCCGCGGAGCUGGAAACCGCGCUGCAGGCAUCGGAGCGCGCCGCCGCCACCGAGCGCCAGCGCCUUGCCGACGGCGAGGCAGCGCUGAGGGCGGCGCUGGAGGAGGCGCGCCGCGAGGCGGCCCAGGCCGCCCAGGUGGCGCAGCAGGCUCAGCGUGAGGUGGAGCGCCAAGCGUACGACCUCGCCGCCCGGCUUGAGGAGUCUCAGAAGGAAGCGGCAGAGGCGCACGCCGCCCUGUCUGCCGCGCAGCUGCGCGUGGCCGAGGUGGAGCAGGGCUGGGGGCAGGCCGCCCAGGAGGACUCCCGCCAGCUGGACGAAGCGCUGCAGCAGCAGCGCGAGCUGCAGGCGGCGCUGCGCAGCGCACAGGAGGAAAGCGCGGCGGUGGCGGCGCAGCUGGAGGAGGCGCGGGCGGCGGCGCACCAGGCUGGCGGCCUGGAGGCCCGGCUGGCGUCUGCCGCGGAGGAGCGCGCGCAGCUGGAGCGGCGCACCCAGGACCUGGCGGAGGAGCGCCGCCGCCUGCAGGAGCGCACCGAGGAGCUGGAGGAAGAGCUGGCGUCGGCGCGUCGGUCUGCCGAGGAGGAGCACCACCGGCUGGAGGGCACCGCAUAUGCGCUCGCCACGGAGCUGGAGGAUGCGCAGCAGCGGGCUGCUGAGCUGGAGGGGGAGCUGGAGCGGCUGCAGGCCUCCCUUGAGGCCGCCUCCUUUGAGCAGACUGAGGAGCACCGGCAGCUGGAGAGCCAGACGGCGGCCAUCGCGGGCGAGCUGGCGGCGGCGCGGGCCGCCGCGGCCGAGGCCGAGCAGCUCAAGGGGCAGCUGGCGGCGUCUGCCGCGGAGCGCGAGGCCCUGCAGCUGCAGGCCUCCCAGCUGGAGACGCAGCUGCGGUCUGUGCAGGCGCAGGCGCAGCAGCUGGCGUCCCUGCAGCAGCAGGAGCAGGCGCAGCGCACGCCUGGCGAGCUGGCUGAGCUGCAGGCCCAGCUGGCGGCGGCCCACAGCGAGCGCGAGCAGCUGCGGCGGUUUGCGGAGAGCCUGGAGGCGCAGCUGCUCUCGGCGGCGGCGGCGCCGGCCCCGGCGGCGCAGCCCCCCGCCGACGACGCGUCGUCCCAGCUGGCGGCGGCGCAGCAGGAGGCGCGCGCGCUGCGGCAGCAGCUGGAGGCGGCGCAGGCGGCGGCGCAGCAGGCCGAGGGCGCCGCCUACGACCUGGCUGUGAAGCUGGAGGAGGUGGAGCAGCAGGCGGUGCAGGCGCUGGAGCAGCAGCAGCAGGAGCAGGAGAAGCGCCUGGCUGCUGAGCGGGAGCUGGAGGCUGCCGACAAGCAGAUUGAGCACCUGACUGUGGAGCUGAUCACCUCUCAUAACGCUGCCGACGAGCUUCUGGCCGAGAUCCAGGAGGAUCUGCAGAUGGCUGAGAAGGAUGCCCAGGAGGCCAGCGCCCGCAAGGGCGCAGUGCUGCAGCAGCUGGAGAGGGCCGCAGAGGAGGUUGCCGCACUGCACCAGCGGCAGCAGGAGGUGAUGGAGCAGGAGGCGCAGCAGGCGGCGCUGGCCACCACCGACGCCGAGCUCAAGUCUGUGCGCGAGGCGGCGCAGGCGGAGCGCGAGGCGCUCGCCGCCCAGUCUGCCGUGCUGGCGGCGCAGCUGCAGGAGGCGCAGGCGGAGGUUGCGGCGGCCAAGGCCUCUGCCACCGCCGCCCGCUCCCGCAGUGCGGUGCUGGAGAAGGCUUGGGCUGUUGCCAUGAAGGACGCCACCCAGCUCAAGUCUGUGGUGGAGGAGGCUCAGCAGCAGAAGGCGGAGAUUGAGAACACUGCCUAUGACCUGGCUGUGAAGCUCGAAGAGAUGGAGCAGCAGGCGAUGCAGGCGCUGGAGCAGCUGGAGGCGGCGCAGGCCGACGCCGCCGCGCAGCGAACCCGCUCCGAGCAGCUGGAGCAGGCGCUGUGGCGCCAGGGCCAAUGAAAACUGAAAUCUUACAGACGAAUCGAUCAAUACCAAUGAUGCCUUGCCGAGCCGAUGCUGUCCCGCUGCGGAUCGCAGCGCUGUUUUUUGUUUAAUUAACGACUGGAGCCCAUUUUCGUUUCAUUCUCUUUCGUUGAUGCAGACCCCACGCCUGUGCUUGCAUGCCGCGCAUGCGAGCGUGAUUUUUGGGCCUCUGCACACACACACACUCUCCAGAGAACAACACCCGAUUCGGCUUUUCAAGCAUUCCUACAUCCCUACUAAGCACUGCCGACCCACUUGCCACUGCAGUCAGCCUAGCGCCACUAGUGCCACUCGCUUCUCUUGCAUGCCUCACCCCCUCCUUGCACCGAUUUCCAUUCCCCCCAAAGUGGCGGAGCAUCAGCCGCCACUCCCCCGUUGACUAUUGACCUGCCCGCUGGGGCCACCUGCGGUGCCGUGUAUUAUAUUUCCCCCCGAAUGUGUCUCUGUCAUGCAUCAGUGUUUGUUGGGGUCGACUUGGGUCGCGUAAUGAACCGCCGCAUGUAACACCAGCUCACUUA